AUGGCACAACCAGCGCUCUCCCCUGCUGUAUUCCGAUUCGACGUCACCGACCCAGAGUUCGUUGGGCCGGUUGUUUCCAAACCCACAACCCUACGCAAGACUGCCCUCGAGAAUAGUGCGCGUGAAAGCGCUGUUGAGUCGACAAACUCUGGCUACCAGCGGAUGAAAGACCUCCUAGCAACGAGUGGCAAGUCGGCCUCUAACACUGGCAACAUCGAAGCUACGAAUGGAAACACCAGGUCCGCUACACCCCCCACUCCCCAUCGCGUCUCGUCCAAUGACGGGGGUUACAAGUAUCAGCUUGUUGAGCAUCUUCAGAACCGCGUCACAGAGGAGCUGGCUCACGCAUGGGUAGCAGAAGACAAAGAUGCUUUGCCACUUCAGAGACACCUCGAAAGCCUCUACAAGUCGGCUCAACUCCCAUCUGACAAGAAGAUCCGAACUUGGCUUCGCUCCUACGCAAAUUACGACUUCGAACACGAAAAUUGGAAGGAGAUUCCUCCCCGGCCGAGCAUCGAAAAUGAGCUUUACUCACCGACAGUCUCGUUGCUCAACGAUAUCAUCUCGGAAUUCCACCAGUCCGAGCAGGAAGAAGGUGGCAUCGUCAUUAAACGGCGUUUGGCCAGGGACACUCACCGCAUCUGUAUUUCACACAACACUGAAGAUGCAAAGGAGAAGGCUCUCCACAGCCAGCCCGACAUCUCUAUUCUCCUGACUGGAGGAUGCGCGACCCCUUCUGCCGACUUCCCGUUGAGUAUUUUAUACUCCGAUAUCGGCGACAUCUACGACAAUAAACUCAACCCUACAUUUGGCAAAGCAGAGCGGGCUCAAAUGGCUGUUUAUGCUCGCGAAAUUUUCGUCCAGCAGCCCCAUCGGAUCUUCGUCCGCGUCAACAUUAUCACCCCAAAAUUCAUUCGCGUCUUACACUUCGACCGGGGCGGCUGCUACUACUCACAGCCUAUCAACUACCACACCCAAGAAGGCGCAGUGUUCUUCGUCAAACUAGUGCUUCUGGGAAGCGCAUUCGACGAGGCUCUGAUCGGAUUCGACACCUCCAUCUAUUGGGAGAACAACAUCCGUCGCAUGAAGGUCAUUCCUCCCCAAAUCUACGACAAAGAGGCACGAAAAUGGCGCAAAAACGAGGCCAAAGUCCCCUAUAUCUUCGACGUUGAGCCCAAGCCAAUCUUUGCUCGUCGAACGAUCCGAUCUCGAGCGACCGUCUGUUGGCGCGCAACAUAUGAAGGUGUUUCGUAUGUCAUCAAAGACUACUGGCGCGGUGAUGGGCGAGUUUACGAGUCGGAAAUCCUCCAAGACCUCGUUGGCAUUACUGGAAUUGGUCAAAUGCUCUGCUACGAGAAUGAUCGUUUCUCAGUGACGGGCCUUCGAGGUUUUUCGGACGGAGAGGCAAUGAAGCACGACGGGAUCCCCUCCUCUGAUGGUCCUGCCACAGUGACCAACCGAUUCUUAAUGCGCAUUGUGGUUGUCGAAUAUGGUGGAACCCUAGAGACGGCUGUUUCCGCCCACCAAUUUCUGUGUGCGGUCCGCGACAUCGUCAAAGGUCAUCGCGCAGCAACCCUUCGUUUAGCCGAGGAGAAACGAGUCCUCCAGAGCGACAUCAGCUUGCUGAAUUUGCGGCUUGCUUACGAUAAGCCUGACGAAUGUGGUGUUAUCAUCGACUGGGACCUCGCGAAGCGAAUGGCCCGCUUGAUUGCUGGAACAGGGGAAGCUUUGGACUUCAGAACGGGCACGCAAAUAUACCAGUCCGUCCGCGUUCUUUUCGGAGACGACCAGCGUCUUUCGCACAUACAACCCAUCGACGACCUUGAAUCCAUAUACUACGUUAUGUUCCAGGCGCUCUUUGACUUCGACGCUGGCGGCCUAGAUGCAGCACACCAAUCUUCUGUUUUUCGAAGAUGGCUUGCGAGCGCGGACAACGACAGUAUGGCGGAAUUGAAAGGUUUUUUCCUGUUGGGAGCCAUCGGACGCUUCCCAACGCGCUUCCCAAAUGAAACCAAAAUCUUGUAUCCGGUCAUGCAUACUUUGCACCGGUUCUUACGGACUAGGAUCAAUGCUGUCAUGGAGACCAGGGAAAUGCUUGAACCAACUCCCCUUCCAAACUAUAGUGUUGAACAAGCAGAGAUUCAAUAUGCUCAGUUCCUUAGUCCUAUCGAGCAAGCUAUUGCGGAUUUGGAACGCGAGGGGGCCACCGGUCCCUACCUCCGACCAGCCCGCGAGACUCUUACUCCCGACUUUGCGCCAAACGACAUACCCUCCAACGGAUUCAAGCGCAAAAAGCCUGACACGCCAGAGCUAGUGGACGAGUCACCGAGCAAGCGCCCGUCAACAUCAGUUUCGCAAACUUCUCAACGGCCGACUCGCGCAAAAAAACCCGUCAAUUAUCACGAGCCAGACACUUCAGAGGAGGAGACUUUGGUAUCGGAAAAGCCCAAGCCGUUGGCUGAACGAUUGAAAGACGAACAAAAACGGAGUUUGAAAGGAAAAGGCAAAAAAACAUAG